AGCGUUAUUUAUAAUCGGGUCAGAAUGAUGUCAUGCCGUGUAGCAUAAUUUUAAAUGUGACGUUAAACUAUUUCCACAUUGGAUUUUGUAGGAUAGACAGUGUUUCUGUGUUAUACUGUUCAGUGCAUUUAAAUAGAAGAAAAUAAUGACUUACUACGAGCACAGAAUGGCCGGUGCAGUCCCCCCACCCGCAUUAACGGACAAGCUGCGGUUAUACCACGUGGACAUGAACCCGUACGGUCACAGGGUGAUGCUGAUCUUGGAGGCCAAGAAGGUGAAAUACGAGGUGUACCGGCUGGACCCGCUGCGAUUACCUGAGUGGUUCAAAGCGAAGAACCCAAGAUUGAAGAUACCAGUCCUCGAGAUCCCAACGGAGUACGGUGACAGGUACUUGUUCGAGAGCGUGGUGAUAUGCGACUACCUCGACGAGAAGUACCCGCGGAACCCGCUCCACUCCCGGGACCCCUUCGUGAAGGCACAGGACAGGCUGCUUAUAGAGAGAUUCAAUGAGUUGAUAAAAGGAAGUCUAGAAUGUUUCGACACAAACUUCGUGUUUGGAAGCGAACAGAUCAUACAAACACUAGAUAUUUUCGAGAAGGAACUGGCUACGAGAGGUACCAAUUAUUUCGGCGGCAAUCGCCCUGGAAUGCUGGACUACAUGAUCUGGCCGUGGGUGGAGCGGCUGUACCUACUGCGGUGCCUCAACGAGAAGAAGUUCGAUGGCAAACGCUCGUUGUUCCCUAACUUUGCUGAUUGGGGUGACCAAAUGCAGUUAGACGAUGUAGUGAAAAAGCAAUCACACUCGCCACAGCAAUACUUCGAAUACUACAAGAAUGCGCGGGCGCACUCGAUGGGCUAUUAUCUAUAACGAGAUUAUAGUUAUUUUAAAAUUUUAUGAUACAAGAAAAUAGGAAAUGUUCAUUGAUACAAAUAGACUUACUAGCUCGAACUUUAUAGGCGGUUUUCUUUGCAUAUUGUGUCAGUCAUACUCAAAAAGAGUACCUACCCAUUUUAUAUUCAAAACG